UUACAGUAUACUUCACCUUUUAUAAUUUGUCAGUAUUCCAGAACUCCCGUUGAAGGGUCCGUCAGAAAGUAGAACGAGUGAGGGGGAGAGAAAAAAAAAAAAAAAACUUCAUAAUUGUGUUUUAAGAAGAGUUCAAGCUAACCGUCGAUACAUACAGUAUAGGUGUACAACGGUAACCACGCCCCUACUGAUUUAACCACGCCCCCCUGCGGAUGUAACCACGCCUUCGCCGAAUCGGGCAUUAAUUAGUCAUAUGUGAGGCUGGCUGGAGAGACAGCAGCGCGAGCCAUGGCCAAGGUAAAUAGGGGUACCUCCGGCUGCAGGGCUAUGAUCCUGGCCGGUCAGCUGCUGUCGAAACCCAGCGCCCCGGACCAGAGGAACCACCACCACCGGAGGCCGCCGUCCACACCGCAGCGCCCCAUCACGGGCUGUCACAGCAGCAGCAGCAGUAGCGCCGCCGGCCUCGUGAGCAGGACCCGCGCGCCGGGCCAAGCGGAGCUGCGCGAUCGCCACGCGGGCCCCCCCCGCACGCUCGUGUACCGGGACGUCAAGGCGUUCCUCAGCGAGGUCGGCGGCGACCCGCGUGAGGCGCGCUACUGGUUCACACACUUCCAGAGAGCGUCCCUGUCGCAGGCGCCCGCGUUCGCCGUGCUUGAGGUGGACGCAUCUGUGUUCGACACCAUGGAGAUGGUGCAAAGCCUGGCCUUUGGACUCUCCUUCCUGCAGCGCAUGGACAUGAAGCCGGUGGUGGUGAUGGGCUUGUCCCGGUCGGAGACCCCUGCAGAGACGGCGUUCGGCUCCGAGGCGGACGUCGUACGCCGCUGCCAGGUGCUCAGCGAGGCUCUGCAGAACAACUCUGCAACCGUCAUGCCCUUCUUUAGCUCGGAGGCCCUGUUGCUUGUGGAGGAUGAAGAGCCAGGAACCAGCGGAGAUCUCAUCUCGGUCAACGUGGACCUGCUGCAGUGGAGCCUGAAUUGUGGCGCCGUUCCCGUGGUGUGUCCCGUGGGCCGGGGUACAGCUGGGCGCUCGAUGGUCCUGAAUUCCGCGGACGUGACGGCCGCCGUCUCCAAAGCCCUGCGGCCUCUCAAAGUGAUGUUCCUCAACAGCUGGGGUGGCAUCCGAACCCAUUCGCAAAAGGUGCUGGGCCAGGUGUUGCUACCUGCCGACAUGGCGUCCCUCUCCCAGGCAUCUUGGCUUUGCGCAGCGGAACGCCGGCGAAUUCGGGUCAUCGACCGGCUCCUGAACCAGUUACCCUGCGAGUGCUCGGCAGUCAUCACAUCCGCCAACACGCUGCUCACGGAGCUCUUCAGCCAUAAGGGUUCAGGAACACUUUUUAAAAAUGGAGAUCCCAUUCGUAGGUACAGCAGUCUGGAUGAGAUUGACGUUGACCGCCUCCUUGCUUUGAUCAACAAGUCGUUCGAUAAGAGCCUCAAGGAUGAUUACAUUGCUUCCCUCAAGGAGAAGCUCCAUUCCGUUUACCUUUCGGAUGGGUACACGGCAGCAGCCGUCGUGACCAGAGAGCCCGUCAGCAGCGAGACGCCUUAUCUGGACAAGUUUGUGGUGAGCAGCAGCAAGCAGGGCCAAGGAGCCGGCCAGAUACUGUGGCAGAGCAUCAGGCAGGACCUGGGCAAACUCUUCUGGAGGUCUCGAACCACCAACCGAAUCAACCCGUGGUACUUCAAACACUGCGACGGCAGCUUUACCAACGGCAGCUGGACUGUUUUCUGGUUUGGCUUAUCCGACAUCCGGGAGUCUUACGAGCUCGUGGAGUUCGCCAAUCGCUUGCCCGACUCCUUCCGAGAUUCGCCUUCGGGGGACGCGACGCGGGACCCGGUUCCUCCCGCGGCGUCCUGAACCGCACGCUGGCAGCGCUCUCCGAAGCUGCGGGAGGAGCGAGAGCGCCGCCUUUCAGCUGGUGCACCUUCACGCGCGAGGCUUGGGGCUGAAUGAGCUGUCCAGGGUCUUGGUGGGGUGGGGCCUGCAGAGGAGAGCUACUUUGAGACAGUUCAGUUGUGUCAGGAGAGCCAUCUGGUUUUCAGCUUUGUGCUAAAGGGUUUGCGGUUUCCUUUGAGUUUUGGGGAAGGACGAAAAAUUGAGUGAGGUGGUGUGUAGAAUUUGUCACGUUUCAGUGACAAAAUGACAUAGAAUGCUUUGCAUCUCUUUGGCUCAGGUGUUCUCGGCUCACGAUGGCGUCACAGUGAAGCAGGUAACUUUCGAUGGAAAAUUUUUGCGGAGAAAUGGGCUGAUCGUUACUUUCCGGUCAAAGUCAGAAAGAAGUGAAACGGCUGUUAUUUCUCACUUGCGGUUUGCUUGAGGGUUUGUACUGAACUUUGGAUUUUGUUGCUUGCAGAGCUCUUCAUUGGGAGAAACGAAACAGGACUUGGGGGAUCAGUAAUUAAUCUAAGGAACGUUACUUGUCAAAGUGACGUUAUUACUGUUAUUUAUUUGCGGAGCAAACAUUUAUCUUGUAGCUUAAUAAA